AAUGGGCAAUUCUUGUACAUGCUAAUGUUAAACUAAAGUAAUUGAAGAAAAUGAACUCAAUACAAAUUCAAAACAAUAAGCUUAAUCAAAAUUAACACCUAAACCUGAUACUGCUUAAAAUUAAGAUCCUGAUGUAUAAUAAGCAAAUAAACUAAUAGGGUAAAGAGAAGAUUAGCAAUCAAUUAAAGGAUGAAGAUGUUGCUCAAAUGGCAGGAGCUAGAAACAAUUCUAAUGAAGAUAGUUCUUCUCCUAAACUUAUGAAAAGAGAAAAUGGUAAUAUAUAUUGAGAAGUGUAGAUGAUAACAAACCGGAAGAUCAAUAUAUUGCAUAAGUUUAAUCUACGAAAAAUAAAACAAUAAGAACUAAGUUAGGAGCUAUCGAAAUGAAAAAUGGGGGUGUUUAUGAUGGAGAAUGGAAAAAUGCUAUGAGAGAUGGUUCAGGAAAAUAUGUAUGGCCAGAUAGAAGUUUUUAUGAAGGAGAAUGGGUGGAAGAUAAAGCAAAUGGAUUUGGAAAGUUAGGUAAUUCUUUUGUAAUUCUUAUUCAGUUCAUGUGGAUGGUGAUAUUUAUGAAGGAUAGUGGAUAGAUGAUAUGGCUAAUGGUAGAGGUGUUUAUAUACAUAGUGGUAUUAUUUAUUAAUACAUUCAAGGAGGAGCUCGAUAUGAAGGAGAAUGGAAAAAUGAUCUAUAACAUGGAUAAGGAGUUGAAGUAUGGCCUGAUGGAGCCAAAUAUGAAGUAAACUUUUUAUUCUCGAUAUAUUUUAGGGUAGAUAUGAAAAUGGUAAAAAGCAUGGACAAGGAACUUUGACUUUUGCUGAUGGCAGUUAUUAUAAAGGGGAUUUUGUUGAAAAUGAUAUAACUGGAUAUGGAGAAUAUUACUGGAAAGAUGGUAAAUCAUAUAAAGGACAAUGGAAUAAUAGUAAAAUGAAUGGUAAAGGUAUAACCUAAUGGGCUGAUGGCAAAAAAUAUGAAGGUGAUUAUAAAGAUGAUAAGAAACAUGGAUUUGGUAUAUUUUAAUGGGAAAAUGGUAGAAAAUAUGAAGGAUAUUGGAUUAAUGGAAAAUAACAUGGAAAAGGUAUGAUUACACUCCCAAAUGGAGAAAAAAAAGAAGGUAUUUGGGAAAAUGGAAAAAGAAUUAAGUGGUUAAAUGCUGAUGAAUCACCAAAUGGUUGA